AUGGCAGAUUCUUUUACUAGACCUGAAGAUAUUCCCUCAAAUCCAUAUUAUGUCCAUCCAAGUGAGAAUCCCUCACUUUUGCUUGUUACAAACUUGUUAACUGAAGGAAAUUACCAUUCAUGGUGUAGAGCCAUGAAGAAAGCAUUGAUCUCUAAGAACAAGCUGAAAUUCAUUGAUGGAAGCAUUGCUGUUCCAUGCAGAAAUGAUCCUUCUUUUCCAGCAUGGGAAAGAUGCAAUAACAUGGUGUGUUCAUGGCUGACUAGAGCAGUAAGUAAUUCAAUCUCAGAAAGUCUAUCUUGUAUAGAUAAUGCAAUUGAUGUGUGGGAAGAUUUAAGAGAACGUUUCUCUCAAAUUGAUGCUAUAAGAAUCUCAGAUCUUCAAGAGGAAAUUUACUCCUUCAAACAGAACAAUAUGACAGUUACUGAUUAUUUUACUCAGCUGAAAAUGCUUUGGGAUGAGCUUGGAAGCCUCAGACCUAUACCUAAUUGUGUUUGCAAUCCUGCCUGUUCUUGUAUGCUGUUGAGGACAGUAAAAGACUACUUCUCAAAUGAUAAGGUAAUACGUUUUGUGAAAGGUCUCAAUGACAACUUUGGAAUUCUCAAGACUCAGAUAAUGAUGAUGGAGCCUCUACCUCCAAUUAACAAAGCCUUCUCAAUGAUAAUUCAACAUGAAAGACAACUUGGAUCUGGAAGCAAUACUGCUGAAUCCAACAUUUUCUAUUCCAAAAGUCAUGCAAACUACUCUCCUGAUGGUAAUCAAGAAGUACCAGAUCACUAUAAUCCUGCAUCAACUUCUGCAGAAUCAAGUGUUUUCUACAACAAAGGAGCCCCUGCUUAUCUAAGCAAUGGACCAAAGCCAAGAAAUUUUGGCUUCAAUCAAAACAAGAAACCAAUCUGUUCUCACUGUGGCAAGGAAGGACACACUGUUGACAUAUGUUACAGAAAACAUGGUUUUCCACCAAACUUUCAAUUCAAAAAUAAGAGAAAUGCACCUGUGUAUGCUAACCAAGUUGAAUGCAGCAAUGCUUCUGACAAUUGCAGUAAAGCUGAAUCUGCAGAUUUUAAUGAUAAUGCUCAGCAAUUUUUUACUCAAGAACAAUAUUCCAAGAUUCUGGCACUGAUCAACCAGAAUGGAUCCACUGCUCAUGUCAACACUAUCUCAACUCAUUUCAAGCCUGAGGAAUCUCCAGGUAAUAUCACACCUCUUUGUUUUUCAACUAGGGGUUGCCAAUCUACUGAAUGGAUAAUAGACACAGAUUUUACCUUUGAACGAUAUUCCGUUUUGUUGAUCGUUCUUGUUCGUUUCUAG